CAGCACAUCAGAAUGAUGUCCCGUCUUGCUAACAAUAUCCCUGCUUUGCGUAAACUGAGCAGGGAUAUUGUAGCCGCCCCCUUGUUUUCCAGCAUGGCAGAAAGGCCCCCGUUCAGGCCAGAGGACCAUGGUCUUGACAAAGAGUUCCGGCUCACCGACUUUACUAAGAUGAAAGGAUGAGGCUGCAAGGUACCGCAGGCAGAGCUGCUCCUCUACCUGCAAUCACUUGCACCCUCCUCUCCUCUCCUCUCCGGCGACAACUCCUCCAUCGGUAUUGGUCUGGACUCCUGUGUCCUGCCUACUCGGCACCCUGGUAUCUCUCUCGUUGAGACCACUGACUUUUUCUACCCGCUCAUAAACGAUCCAUAUCAAAUGGGAAAGGUGGCGUGUGCCAAUGUGUUGAGUGAUUUGUAUGCGAUGGGUGUGACGGAGGUUGAUAACAUGUUACUGUUGUUGGGGAUAGCUAAAGAGUUGUCAAAUGAACAACGAAAGGUUGUUAUUCCCAUGAUUUUGGAGGGUUUUAGAGAUCUUGCUAAGGAAGCUGGAGUGAGUAUUAACGGUGGUCAAACUGUUGUAAACCCCUGGAUGAUUAUUGGUGGUGUUGCUACUUCUGUGUGCACUAAGGACGAGAUUAUCAUGCCAAAUCAAGCUGUUGCUGGUGAUAAGAUUGUACUGACGAAACCACUUGGAACUCAAGUUGCUGUUAAUCUGCACCAGUGGAUGAAUCUGGGAACUCCAUCUUGGAACAUAGCCAAGGAUCUUAUUUCAGAGGAGGAUGUGAUAAAAGGAUUUGAAGACGCAACAAUCUCCAUGACAACACUAAACUUAGCAGCUGCACGACUCAUGCACAAGUAUGGUGCUCACGCCGCAACUGAUGUCACAGGAUUCGGCAUCCUCGGACACUCCAGAAACCUGGCAGAGUUCCAAACUGCUGAUGUCGACUUCUCCAUCCACACUCUUCCCAUAUUCGCUCGCUUCACGGAGGUUUGCAAACAGCUGAUCGAAAAGGGUGGUAGGAACUUCAAGCUGUUACAAGGCCUGUCCUCCGAGACUUCGGGUGGUCUGUUGGUGUGUCUGAGUGGUGAGUCUGCGGAGAAGUUUGUAGAGGAGGUGAAGAGUGAUGGUGGUAAGGCUUGGAUUGUGGGGGAUGUUGUGCCAGGUACUAAAACAUCACGUAUUUCUGAGAAUCCUAAUAUCAUUGAGGUGACUUACUAAUUUAAGUGAUUUUUGAUAAAUAUUCCUCAUUUUUGUUGAGCAGAUAAUUAAAUUCAGAUGAAUUUCAUCAUAAACUAUUGGUUAUGACAAAUUAAUUUAUUGGGAGGUAUUUAUUUUAAAAUCAUCACUUUUUACCUUUCAUUUUUGUGUUUAUUUAAAUUUUACAUUUUUAAUUUCUUUCUAGAAUAAUUUGUCACUGAUGGUGAGCAGACUGUUUGUGACAUUGAUUGGUAAUCUUAAUGACGAUUCAGGAGAAAAUCCUCAAUCGGAUCUCUUUUAUUUGAUGACAAUUACCAAACUUCUUGAAUUGAA